CAUCAACCCUGGAUACCCAGACCACUUCUCCUGCAAAAGAGGCCCUAAAGAACCAGACCAUCUUCCCUGUUGAAUUAACCCAAAAGACCCAGACCAUUUCCUCUGUAACAGAGGCCACAACCCUUGAGAUAAGAAUGCCUUCCAACUUCAUGGCUGUGCACCCCAUCCCUACGGAUACUUCAGAUGCUUGGGCUACAAGCGGCAGCCCCAGAACUGGAAUGAUCACUGUCAAGCCUGGAACAGUGAGUGAUCCCAUAGAAGUCAUUUUUGACACCCUUUGUACUGAUGACAGCUCUGAAGAGGCAAGGAAGAUCACACUUGACCUCUUAACCUUGGCGCACACCUCCACAGAAGCUGAAUCCCUGUCCUCAGAGAGCAGCUCCUCCUCGGACAGCUCAGCUGGAGUCCUCACCAGCUCACAGGCCCUGGGGCCCGACAUAGCAACUCCAGCCAAGGACUCGGUUGCUUUCAGCAUCACCCACAUUAAGCUCACCACCUGUAUCACAGAAAUAGAAACAUCCAUCUCUGGGACCUCAGACACAAACCACAGCCCUACAGGAGCAACAGCAGCCUUGUCCACUUCUGAGACGCUAACUUUGCCUCAAUCCCCUGAGGCAAAACCAUUUAGCCCCAAGAUCACAAGCUCACCUGGGACCCUGCCAACAGCCAGCACCUCAGCCCUUGCUACCACUCUUGAGGGCACACUCCCUGUUAGUCAUGUCACAGAAAGAGAAACAACGGUGGCUCAGAUUCCCACCUCCGGUGGAACUUUGGUGACAGUUAGUGCGAGCCCACUGAAAGAGACCUCAGCAUUCUCUACUGAGACACAAAGCCACGCCGAGGUCUCGGGGACAAUUACAGUCUCCAGUGUUGCUGGGUCAACAAUGGGAGAAGCGACCUCCUUCGCUGGUUCCUCAACUUCAGACAGCAGUCCCUCAGCAGGGGCCACCACCAAGAGCUCCUUUACCUCAGACACUUUAACCACAGAUGAUAUAACCAGCAGCUCCUUCCUCACAGGUAACAGCACUCUUCCUUUUGUCUAUUCAACUACAGCCAGCACCAGCAAAAAACCGAAUGUCACCUCAGCCAAGACCACAGCCUCACCAAAGACCACAGCAAAGCACCCAACAACUACACCCGCUGCAGCCUGGACAAGGAGAACCACAAAACAUGAUCCAG